AUGGAUAUCAAAGAAGCAAUUGAAAAGUUCAAUAUAAAAUCUUUAAAACCAACUUUAGUUGAAACCCGUUGCUUGGAUGGAUCAGUCAUUAUAAACGAUAAAUACGGUUUAGAGACUAAAAGUGAUGAUAAAGUUGAUCGUCCAGAACCAAAUUUUUCUUGUUAUGGUUAUAUUCCAAAUUUUGAGCCUGAUCUACAAAUAGGAAAAAUUAAUCUGUCUAGCUUGACAAUUCUUUUCGGUUCAGCUGAUGUCGCUCAAAACUUGGAAUUAUUAAAAGAUAACAACGUAACGCAUAUUAUUAAUCUAGUUUCUAAUGUUGUGCCAAAUUACUUUCCUAAAUCAUUUGAAUAUCUUGCUCUUGUAGCAUAUGAUACUUACACAUUUGAUUUACACGAUACUCUUAAUCAGUGUUGUGACUUUUUAAACAGUGUCAAAGAAAAAGGAGGCUGUUGUUAUAUACAUUGUCAAGCUGGUCUUUCACGUGCACCAUCUAUUGUUAUUGGUUAUUUAAUUCAAGCUUGUAAUUAUUCUUAUAAAGAAGCCUAUACUACGGUGAACAAUACGAGAAAUGUUUGUAUCAAUAUGAACUUUAAAUCUCAAUUAGAGCGGUUGAAGGGUAAUUAAUGAUUAUAGAUACCCAUCGGCUUGAUAUCUAGACCGGAGACAAGUUUAUCAUCUAAAUUGUAUUUAUUUUUCUACAAAUUGAUUAUUUUAAAAUUUAGUGGAAUAGCAUGAAGUGAUUAUAUAUAGACAUAUUGUACUUGAUAAGUUAUUGACAAUUUAUUCUUUGAAAAUUCGGUGUUUACUAUGGUUGGUUUCUUGACAGUCUAUUUUCUCUCAGAAUUUACUUUGAUCACUUGUGAGUUCUUUUUCUUUAUAUCAUUUGAUAAGUAGAUAUGAUGAGUAAAACUAUCAUUUUGCUCUCUUGACUGUCUUAAAAUAAUAAUAAUAAGAAGAACUUUGCUAUUGUUAUUUUUCUUUUCUAAUAAUUGUUAUUUUACACAAUGUUUGUCAAACAUUUCUUUGAUUGUCUGAUUGUGAUGUGAAGAAUUAUGCUAUGAAUACUCACAUUCACUCACCUAAGUGAUACCACACAGAUGAGUAAUAGUCUAACUGAGAGCAACCGACAAAACAUAUUUACAAGUGUUGAUCUGCAGAGAUUUCAAGUUCGAUCAUUAUUAUUAUUACUAUUAUUAUU